ACUCGAGAAGAGGAAUUGCUUUGACCUAACGGGGCCCGCAGACGGUUUCAACAUAUCACCAAAUAUGGCUGCAGCGGGGCGUGAGAUCCGCUUUUCUAUGAGGUAGUGGUGGAGGUGAGUGGUGGAUGCGCACGGUGCCCCAGGAAUUUUACGUUUUGGAGAAUAAACAUGCAAGACAACGCCAAGCGGAGGAAUAGGUAAGACUGAUCUUGACAUAUUUACACAGCUGAUUUUGUAGAGUGUUAACAGCAAACAUGUACCGUGGUUUAUUUAUAGAAGAGGGAGAAAGAGGCGAUAACAAUGGCACGGCUGUAACGCAGUGUAGCCCGCUAUUUAAGACCAAAAGAACUCUUUAUCGCUCACCAAAUAUACGUGUCUAUUGUUUCUCAUUAACAGAACCCACCGUGAAAAGUUAAACUGUCCUCUUUUGUUGGAUUUAAGAGCCGUUUGCCUGAACUUUAUUCUCUUUAUUUUGAAACUUUUCAGCUUACAUAUUCCCUCACUUUCAGCUUAAACCUUAAGCUUUAGCUUGCAAGUUUAAUAUUAAGACCCAGGCCUUAGGAAUGCAGAGCAUGCACACUAUCAAACCAAGAAAAGCAAACUCAAAGUCUGGUGUCCUGCCAGCAGCAUGAGUGGGAGGUCUCACACAUACAUCAUUCCUAGCAAGUUCAUCAGAAAGUUUUACAUCUCUUUUUAGUGGUUGAUCAGGCUUGCAUGUUUAAAUUCUCAGAUUUUGUCUAAAACUUUCAGUGAGUGGCUCAUGACUGGCUUUCCCUUAUGUUCAUUACUGCUGUAAAGACCGGAUAUCCUCACUGAAGUUAUUGUUUUAGGAAUUUAAUCACAGUGGCUUGAUUCCAAAUGUGAUUAAAAGUGCUCAGUGUUUUCUGCCAUGUGUCCCUGCUGCUAAAGAGGUGCUUCCUGUAUGUGGGUCUCAUAUCCGAAUAGGAAAUGUGGUGUUGUAGUUCAGAGCUAACAAAGUUUGCAAUAUUCAGGGCUGCAUUAGCAGAUUACAUUAACAAUGGGUCUCAUUUACCAGCGGCUCCCAUAUCUCCUUAAAACCCAGUUAUGCAGCUUAAUAAGAAGAUUAUCAUAUUCGCCUUAGUUUUACCUACCUGACAUUUGAGGUAACAACAAAAUCUACAAAACAGUAUGUGUGCCUCUAAAUAAGGACUCUUACAUCAGUGCACAAUAAGUGUUUUCUUUAGUUUUGUAAAUGUACAGUAUACAACUAAACACAUAUAAAGAAAUGAGUCAGAUGUGCUAGUCUAAACAACUGGGACUCAAUUUGAGAGUUCCUAUUUGGAGUUUUUUGACGUAUCCUAAAAUUUAUACUGAUUUUUUUUUCAUAUUUCAAGUUCAAAUACAAACUUUAUCCUCCACAUUUUCAACGAAUAUUUACAUUUCAAAUAAAAAAUGUCCGUCUUUGUGGAAAAAAGAUUAGAUAGAUAGAUAGAUAGAUAGAUAGAUAGAUAGAUAGAUACUUUAUUAUCCCCACUCAUACACAGUACACUAACAAAGACAACGACAACAAGAACAAGUGCACCUCUGCAGACCAGCCAACUACAGUAAAACCAGUAUAAAACCAUUAUUAAACCAGUAUAAAAAGUUCGAUAAAUGCAGUAGUGCUAGCAGUGCAAUAUGUAUAUAGUUCUGAGGUGCACAGGUCCUCAACUCAUUAACAGCAAAUAAAAACUUUGUCAAAUUUACAAAGCAAAACAAAACCAAAAAUACACAAAAAAGAACACAUACACUUAAGAAAAACACUCAAAUUGAGACCUGACAACAGAAGUGCUCUGUCUAUGACAAAUAAUGAUUAAAUGCAAUAUACAUUCAUGACUGACACUGGUGCAUGACACAUUACUAGUGGAAGGGCCAAUGUUUGUCAUCAGGGACAAUAUCGGCUGAUGCUGACUUACUACUUAUAUACUACUUACAUGUACUACUUAUAUACUUUUAGUUUUUUACAAUAAAUUCUGUUGAGAUUUGAAAAAUGUUGAUAUAAAGAAAAACAGGAUGUUCUUGAAAUUCCAGUGAGGAACUUUUGGUUUGUGCCAACUUUGGCGCCCCCUUGUGGACAAAGCAGUCUUUGCUUAUCAUGUCCUUUACAAGCCUAAGUACCAUCUUUUGACAAAAACUACCCUCCUGCUUACUUUUGACAUUCAAAUGUGUUAUUUACAGUAUGUGUUUUACGUGUAAAUUGUAAAAACUGGCUGACACCUACCCUCUCACACUGAUUUUAGACAAAAAAAUAGGGAUAUAAAAGGCAUCUAUCUGGUUGUAUAGAUAAAGUUUGCUGGACCUGAACUAAUCACUUUCACUGUGUGGACACCAGAGGUCACCAAUAUCACAAGUUUUGAUCCCCAGAGUCGGACAUAAACUACUUUCACUUCUCUUUUACUGUAAAUGAGGGACUUUCCAGCUCCUCUAAGCUCAAACUGAGUGUCUUUCCCUUCCUGUAUAUCUCCCUUGCACAGGCCUCAGCUUGAAAUGCCAUUAAAGAUUCCUCUUACAUUCCUCAGUCCUUACACAACUUUAUUUUCAGCCCGGACAUGUUGGUAAAAGUAGAUCAAAUCUUUAUUUGUUCAGUAAACAGCACUGAUGUUGCAGUUUUUAUCAUUUACCUCACAGUUUUUCAUCAUUUAACAAGCUCUUGAGACAUGAAAGAAGCUUUUUCAUAACAAUGUUAAUAGUGACGCCAGUGUAACAUUAUUUUUACAUUGAAUAAGAGUUUAUCUGUGAAGUAGAGAUGGGUGUAUGACACCAAAGCUCUGAAGCUUGUAUUGUGUUAAUGAAGUACCAGAGCUUGUAUCACAUAUGAAACGUCUCAUUUUUGGUGAUAUCCAAGGCUUUAAAUGUAUCUAGCACCUAAAGAACUCUUCAGCCAGUUUGACCACAUAGAAAAUUUUGUAUUAAAACUGUGCGACUGGUCAUGUAUAGUAAGAAAGUAGGCCACUCAUUCAGCUACUUAGCUCUUGACGGAUGCAUCAAGACAACCAAAUAAUCAAAAUAAAAAUUUUUGAUUGCAUUUUUCUUUCCUGUCUUUCUCCAGAUAAUGUGACAAACCUCAACAGAAGGUGUGACAAACCGCCAGCUCAAGAUCCCACCUGCACUGUAAAAGACUAAAGAAAAAACUGCCGUCCCUUCACUUAUUCUGACUUCCUACCAUGCCUCCGCUCACAUUGCCGACCCCCCAGCUGUUGUGGGUGCGUCUUGCAGCCCUGCUGUUCACCUGCGUGGCCUUCAGUGUUGCAGCACAUGGAGCCUAUUUACCCCACGGGGGCAUGGCUGACUGGUGCAUCUUCUGCUGGGCGUUCAGCUUCGCCUGCACCCUGCUGGUCUUACUGGUGGAGCGGUUUGGCCUCCAAGCCCAAGCCCUGGUGUCCUGGUCCAAUUUUCCCAUCACAGUCGCCUGCUACGCCGCCCUCCUCUGCCUCUCCGCCUCAAUCAUCUUCCCAGUCUUCUUCCUUAAGGACAUGUGGUUCUACAACAACGUUCGAGACUAUCGCAUCACUUCCACUGUCUUCUCCUGCCUGGCGGCGGUUGCCUACAUGGGGGAGGUCACCCUGACUAAAGCCAGGCCAGGAGAGAUUUCAGGUUACAUGGCGACGGCUCCAGGUUUGCUGAAGGUGUGUCAGACCUUUGUGGCUUGCAUAAUCUUCAUCCUGGUGAGCAACCCAGUCUCGUAUGACUUCAACUCAGCCCUCCAGUGGUGCAUGGCCGUGUACUGCAUCUGCUUUAUCAUCUCCAUAGCUAUCGUGAUGAUGUGUGUGUGCGAGUGCACCGGCAGCCUCCCAAUACCAUUUUCCAAGUUCUUGUCAUGCUACGGGCUCCUGGCAGUUCUUAUGUACUUUACCGCUACCAUCAUCUGGCCCAUUUUCCAGUUUGACAAACGAUACCAAGGUAGAGGUCAAGCAUCGUCUCGACAGAUUGCCGUCGCAGUGCUGACUGCCAUCAACUUCCUGCUGUACCUGGCUGACCUGGUCUACAGUGCCAGACUAGUGUUUGUCAGUGGCUGAGAGUGAAAGAACAGAAGUGAUGUGAACAGAAAUAAAGAGGCUAAAGCCUUAGGGGUUAGGGGGGACUUUGUUUUUAAAGUGUAGCUUCAGUGUAACAUCGCCAAUCAGCGUCUACAUGAGAAUAUUCACAUGGCAGCCAAUUUAAUCCAACGUCAUGCCAAGGGUUGGGUGUUUAGAUGUCAUACUGUUUUGUUACAGGUUUUAAAACGUAUAAAAUCCAGCAUUUGUGACAAAUUUAUGGAAGACUUAUGGAAUUUGCAGAGUUUGUUUAAUUUUACAGUUAGCACCUGUAGCUGUGGUAGCAAACAGAAAAAAAUGGCCUAAAUAGCUCCAGGGUGACACCAUCCGAUUGUCCUUUCAAUUUGGGAAUAGUGAAUCGGCAACGCCUUGUUAACUAUGCUGCUCUUACGCAGUUUAGCCCAGUAACACAGUAGCGUGGAACUAAAACAACACUAAAGUUACCAAGCUUGAUGUUGUUGUUAGAGGCAAAUGGCUGCUGUGUGAAUACGGUUAACCACCUCUAAUGCCAAACACCGUCCUCAACAGGGAUUAAGUCCUAGCUUUAGCAGAAUUAUCUUGGCUAAUGGGAGGAUCUGUCAGUCUUUAAAUUUCUUCACUUUUUGAAGCAGCGCACGUUUUCAACUCUGCUGAUUUGCUUCUUUGUUUAGUCUGUCUAGAGCCCCUCCCCAUAAAAGGUGCUAAAACAAAAGGAUUGGAUCAACACUUUGUUUACCUGCUAAAGUGUUAUUUGCUUGUUAUGUUACGCUAAUGCUUUCAGCUGCAUGGAAGAUAGCCUUGGUGGUAAAUGUACAGUGCUGGCUGACAAUAGAAGUUUUCCCUCUCAGAUAUGGAGAGGUUUCAUCUGCAGCAGCUCAAGGUGAUGUUUUUGCCAGUUUUAGUCCUCAUUUUGUGCAGCCAGUUAGUGUUAUGUAAGUACAAAAACAGCCUGAUCCUACAUUUUCCUUAUCCGCUAAGUCAUUAAAGCAGGCUUGUGUCUUUUUUUUUCAUUUGGUUAUUGAAAAAAACGAACAUUUCAUUUUCAUGACCUCUGGGUAGGUCGUAAGUUUCGCAUUAGCCUCAUUUUUAAAACUUAUAAUGAGCGUUUAAUGAUUUUUUAAAUUUUAUUUCAUCAAGUUCAUUAAAAUUUCUUUGCAUCUUAAUCAAAUUCUUGCUAGCAUCAUUGACAAGCUAGCAAACUUUAGGCUAAUGACAUUCUGUCACUAAAAUUUGUAAUUUUAGUUAAAAAAAAAUCAAAAUUAUUCUCUCAGAAUAUAAAACCUUCUUUUGUGUACAUUAAUUCAUUUAAUAUCAGCAAGAGUUUGAGAUAAGUGUGCUAAUAAAUUACUGUGAAAUUACUAUUUUGUGGACUUGGCACGGACAAUAAAAUAAGCUUGAGGAGGCUUACAAACUGUAACCAAUCGGAUCAGGAUUUAGGUUGACAUGCUGAUAUUAGAAACUGUUGUACUGUAACCUCAUUUCUGCUCAUGUGUUUAUCCUCUAAUGUGAACACAACAGGCAGGGAUUUAUUGAAUGUGAGAAAAAAGCUUUUAAAGCUUAUGAAUGAAGUCAACACACUGGAGCAGCAAAUGAGCAUUUCAACAUCUGAGGCAUACAGGCCCUCUGGUCUCUAUGGGAAGGUUCUUAGUCCAAAACUAGGGCACUGUAACUGCACCCUUACAGAAUAAUGUGUUUAGGAUGCCUCUUACUGAAUUUUAGGGAUAAUGUUUUGGAUGAAAAUGUAGUUUUUCCCUUUUUUUAUUGUUACCAGAAUAUCAGUAUUCUAACGUGAAAGAAUUAAGUUCUGAAUAAAGUUUUCAGUGACAGAA